UUAAUCAUGACACCAUCUACCUCAACAAGAAACACUUUUAUUUUGCUGUUUUAUCUGAUUUUUACAAUUCUACACGUCAAGGUUAUUGGUUAUAACGGAUGUUACCAGGCAUCCAAACAGGGAAUCUCGAGAUGUCAACGCUGUACUCAAGAGUGUUCUGAGAAUAGAAAUGAGAUGGAAGUUACUCCAUGCACUCAGGACAACAAUAGAUCAUGCUUCUGUAAACCAGGUUUUUACUGUACAAAAGGAAACAAUUAUGUCACGCACUGCCAUAAACCAUGUGUCCCCUGUGGGAAGGGUACAUUCUCCAGAAAACCCUCUCUGGGAGCCUGCAAGCCUCAUAAAAAUUGUGCUAAGUUGGGGAUGAUAAAGCUCAAAGAGGGCACAGCAACACAGGACAGACAGUGUGUGAAUGUCACCACAGUGAUGCCAUCCUUGUCCACUACCACAAAUAUCAUUACUACAUUCCCUAUCACUAACACUUCCAUCCCCUGGACAGGGGUCACUGCACCACUCAUAGACACGACAGAGGAAAGCCAGUCCCAUUGGCUGCUGCUAUUGAUCUUAAUGUUGAUAAUCUUGUUCAUGGCUGGAUUCUGUAUACUGAUGAAAAACGGGGCAAAGAAAACCUUUUUAAAAUGGCCUGGUUUAAUAAACGGAGGACAUGAAGAUCAUCAACACUUGAGUCAAACUGCAGGUGAUCAUCAAAUUCCGUCCAAUUCCCAAUCCCACACCUUGGAGACCGAGAUACCUCUCGGCAGUGAUGGCAGAGAGGUCAAAGGUCAGAGUACAGGGCUGAUGCCCCAAUCUGGGGCUGUGCAGCAGGUCACAAUGGAGCACAAUGGGAAGGGUGAGAACGUCAGCAAUACUGUUGGGUCCAUCUACAUCUACUCUCCUGGAAUGGUGAUUUUGGGCUCCAACUCGGGUGAUAAAAAGGAAGAGGCAGGAGUUUGCGAAGAAGGCGUUCCCCUCAUCAGCAGACCACAGCAAGAGUCAAAUCCACCCUCGCAAGAGAUCAGAAUAAGAAUAAGCGCACAGGAAGAGGCCGAGGAGGAACUGAGCUUGAGUUUUCCUGUGCCGGCAACUGGAAAGUGAGAACUCGAACGUGGUUUCUUGCAUCUUUCAUGAUGGCCUUUAGGAAGAUUCCAGGUUGAAUCACAAGGCUGAAAAUCACAAGUGGCCAGAUAUAAGAUUCCUGGUAAAGCAUAACAUCAGCAAUGGCCAAGUCAUGGUUUCAGUUCCAGAGAAACAUGCACGCUGGCAAAAUGUACAGGCUACCUUGAUUGCACUGUAUGUCGAAUACGGAAUGCGCAGAUGUACAAGAUGGAAAACGCUGAGUAAUAACUUUUGCUUUCUUGUACAUCAAGGAAAAGAUUUAUGCUUCAUUUAAGUUGGUCAGUUUUUUUAAAUGCACAUGUCUGAAUUGCUGCUGCAGCGAAAAUGAGACAAACACAUGCAUGAAGACUGUGCACAGGAGGUACAGACGAAAGGGUGAGAAAAACGCCCUCAAAGGUGUUAUGAGUUUUCAAAAUGAAUAUCCUAUAAGACAGAGGCAGCAUAACUGAAAUGCACAUGAUGUGUAUGAAUUGUUUUAUUGUUUAAGCGAGUGGUCGAGAUCCUAACAACUGCGUCUGUAUGUUUCUAAUCACACUUUUGUUCUACUAUGUGGGUGUUUCAUAUGCAUGUCUAAAAAUACCCCACCUCACCUUCGGAAAGAAGGUGUCUGAUUUGACUGUUGUAGGAGGUCUGGUCGGGACAGACUGUGUCUGCCCUGCCACCUUUACAGCACGUGUUCAGAAUGACAUUUCUUCAUUCAUCUCACUUGAGCUUGUGUGCUUGUCGUUUUGCUUUGUUUGCAGUGUACAUGAAUGUUUGAUUAUAACAUUUGUAAAUGAAUGUGUUCUGAUUCUUCAUUAAUAUCAAGUCAAUA